AUGAACCGAGCAGUGAGAGUAGGUGGAAAGAAGGCACCAAGAAGGGCACCAACCAAGAAGCAGGUAGAUGCAGAUAAUGAUAAAGGAUUUUUAACAGCCCUCUCUGCAAAUGGAUAUAAAUGCAGUGAAGUCAAGGAUGUAAACUGCUGCAGUUUCAUGGCAGACACAGAUUCCGUUAUAAGCUACCAAGAGCCAGAAGUAAAGGCAGUCACCAAGGACAACGUAAUAAUUGGGUACAUUGUCAAAGGAAAGGGUGAAUUACUUGGGGAAAACAACAAGAACUUUGACCUAGACUCAAUCAUAAAGUACCUUGCUACAAAGGGGGUGAACAUAGAAGGACUAGUUGAGAAGGUAAAGGAAGGAGACAAGAAGGCCCUUGAGGAGAUUCUUGAUUUGGUCAAGGCAGCUGCCAUUGAGGAGGACAAGGAGAAGGAAGAGAAGGAAGAAAAGACUGAGUAA